CCCGAAUUUGGUGCCGUUGGUGGCCAUGUAUGGGGGAGGUGGAGGGGAGAAGUUGCUUGUGUACCCCUUUUGUGAGGGUGGGGAUUUGGUUCAGUUCUUGAAAGAUGGAAAACCAGAAUCACACGGAUGGGAUAUCAUCUACAAGCUAUCACUCGGCAUUUCAAGAGGAUUGGAUCACCUACACAAUGGACUACAAAAUCCCAUAAUCCAUGGCAAUCUGAAAUCAAGCAACAUCCUCAUUGACAUCAAUCGCCAACCUCUUCUAUCAGAUUUCGGCCUACACCUCCUCCUCAACUCGACAUCAGCCCAAGAAAUGCUCGAGGCCUCAGCAGCUCAGGGAUACAAAGCCCCCGAGCUUAUCAAGAUGAGGGACGUCAGUAAAGAAACCGAUGUCUAUAGCCUUGGAGUUAUCUUUCUCGAAAUUUUAACUAGAAAGGAGGCUACAAGUCUUCACCUCCCUGCCUCCUUGAAGAACUUGUUUCUUGAGCAUAAAGUAUCGGAGACGCUGAGUAGGGAUAAGAACUCUACAAUCGAAGAAGGUUUGAUCAAGUUCUAUCAUCUUGCGUUGGCUUGUUGCUCUCCAUCCCCCGCCUUGAGACCGGACACCAAGCAUAUUAUCCGAAACCUUGAGGAGUUGUAGUUGCUGGUAGUACAUAUUGACACUUCCGAGUUUUAUAUAUCUAAAAAGUAAUGCUAACAGUAGUACUAAUCUCAUAUUACUCUAAUACUACAAGAGAUGAGCAUUUAGAGUCCUUCCAAUGAAAAGUAGCAGUAUAAAUGAAGAGAGAGAGAAAAAAAUCCCGUUGAGGGCCCUUAUAGGAAAUCAUAUUGGUGUAAAAGGGAUGAAGAGAUUUGCCUAGCACAAAUUUUAACGCGCACAUCAUUAUCAUUUAUCAGUA